ACUAUCUGCGAGGCUCUAGACGGUGAUCGAUGGCUAAGACUGCAAUCGUCACAGGCGCAUCGUCCGGGAUCGGACGCGCCACAGCCAUCGCACUAGUACAGAAAGGCUGGAAUGUAUCCAUCGUCGCUCGCCGCCGUAAUGAGCUGGAGAUCACUGCGGGUCGAUGCGGCGGCGACCGCUAUCCCUUUUCUGCGAAGCUGAGGAUAUGCGUCGGCGAUGUGACGGACGAGGCCUUCGUCAAGUAUGUCUUUGAGGAUGCGGUGAAGAUAUUUGGCAGAGUCGACAUGGUCUUCAAUAACGCCGGGAUGAACGUGCCGCAAGUACCUAUCGAGGACCUCUCACUGGAAGCUUUCCAAAGCGUCCUCAACGUGAACCUCGUUGGGCCAUUCCUCUUCACCCGAGAGGCCGUACGGACCUUCAAGGCGCAAACGCCGCAAGGAGGGCGAAUCAUCAACAAUGGCUCCCUUUCCGCGCAUGUCCCGAGACCCCAGUCGGCGCCUUAUACCUGCUCGAAGCAUGCCAUCUCUGGGCUUACGAAGGUGACUGCCCUCGAUGGCCGUCCCUUCAAUAUCACUUGCACGCAAAUUGACAUAGGAAACACCCAAACCGAACUCAUGUCCGUUCACCAAGCGGGCGCGAAGCAGCCGGAUGGCACCCUCCACCCUGACGGCACUUUCGAGCACCGCCUGCUCGUCGAGCCGACCUUCGACGUGAAGCACGUCGCGGACGCGGUGGUGCAUAUCGCGGAGCUGCCGAACGAGGUGACGGUGCUGGAGAUGAAUAUCAUGGCCUCUGGAGCGCCAUUCGUCGGGAGAGGGUGAAGGUGAUUGUCUUUCGCUGGGCAUGAUUGCCUUGAAGAUGGAAUGACAUGACGAGAUGUUCACUGGCUCACGAAAUACUAUGUACUUGUAAGCAGGGCGCUUUCGAAGUCUCAUGUCAAA